AAGAAGAGGAAGAGGAGGCGAUGAUGUAAGCAGAAGCUGCAGAGAUGCUAGCAGCCGAGUGACAGUGGAACCCAAAGUGACGGAGCCCACCAGCAUCUACAGGCUGGCAGAGAGGCAGCAUCACACACCCCCAGACACACACUCACCCCGAUACACACACACUGUAAACUGCAGUGGAGCUAGCUUCUCAUAGCCUGAUAGCAUGCUGCACAGGAGGCUGAUCAGCACAAACAACGAUGAGGAGUCCAAAGCAUCCUGCUGCAUGGUGCAGAUGUAGGAAGGAUCAGGCUGACAUUUAGCUGGAGGAGGGCGAGGAGCCAGCAGCUGUUGGUUAUGUCAAAACGAGGAGUAGCAGGGCGAGGAAAGGGAGAGCGACCGGACGCCAUGGCAACCCUUCAAGCGGCCAAUGAGGAACUGAGAGCCAAAUUGACGGAGAUUCAGAUUGAACUCCAACAGGAGAAAAAUAAGGUGAGCCGCCUGGAGAGAGAGAAGAGUCAGGAGUUGAAGGCUGAGCAUAACCGUACAACGGUGACCCUAACGGAGCUGAAGACCAAACUCCAUGAAGAGAAGCAGAAGGAGUUAGCGGUCACCAGGGAGACGUUGCUACGGCAACAUGAGAUGGAGCUAAUGAGGGUCAUUAAGAUUAAAGAUGGAGAAAUCCAACGUCUGAAUGGACUCGUCCAAAACCUGCGAGACGGAUCAACGGACAAGGUGAGAAGCGCCUUGAUGGGUGAGAUGGAGGAGGCGAGGAGGAGCUGGGAGACGGAGCGCUGUCGCCUCCAGCAGGAGGUGCAGGAACUGCGGGGAGCAAAAAAACAUGCAGAGGAGACCGUGGCACUGGCUCAGCAGGCCUGCCAGGCCAGAGCAGCCGAGCUCCGAUCGGCACAUCACCAGCACCAGGAGGAGCUUCACAGAACCAAGAGAGACUGUGAGAGGGAGAUCCGACGACUGAUGGAUGAGAUAAAGCUGAAGGACAGAGCAGUCAGUGUUUUGGAUAAAGCUCUGGGGCUGCAGGCUGGCCACGCCCACCGCCUCCAGUUACAGACUCAGGCUGCUGAACAACAAAUCGCUGCUCUGAGAGACGCACAGAGGGCGGGGCUAAACCAUCCUGCUAACUCCACCCCUAACAAUGCUCCUUUCUUUACAGAUGAUCGAGACACUCGCAGGUUUCAGCUGAAGAUUGCUGAGCUCAGCGCAGUCGUCAGGAAACUGGAAGAUCGAAACUCUCUGCUGUCUGAAGAGCGAAAUGAACUGCUGAAGCGUCUGAGAGAAACAGAGAGUCAGUUUCUUCCCCUUCUGGAUAAAAACAAACGUCUGAGCAGGAAAAACGAAGAGCUGGCUCUCGCUCUACGUCGCCUUGAUAACAAACUUCGCUUUGUGACCCAAGAGAACCUGGAGAUGGCAACUAUGAGGAGACCCAGUUCUCUCAACGAUCUGGACCGGAGUCACUCCUCAAGUUACCAUGGCUACCACCAGGAUGAGCGCGAGAUGGAGUUUUUACGGUUACAAGUGGUGGAGCAGCAACACGUCAUCGAUGACCUUUCUAAGGCUCUGGAGACGGCAGGUUAUGUAAAGAAUGUUAUUGAGCGAGACUUGUUACUGAGGUACCGACGUCAGGAACCGGUGAGGAGGAGGAGAACCUUUAGAGCCUGCAGGGUCAUAGAGACAUUUUAUGGUUAUGAUGAAGAGGCAUCGAUGGAUUCUGACGGAUCAUCUUUGUCCUUCCACACUGACAGAACUCCAGAUACGGAACCUGACGAGACUUGUGUUCGUGAGGAGGCAGAGCUUCGCUACCGCCAGCUUACCCAGGAGUACCAGGCGCUGCAGCGGGCGUACGCGCUUCUGGCCGAGACAUGCGGAGGAAACUACGAUGCUGAGAAGGAGAUCAAGACCAGAGAACAACUGCUAAAUGAAAUCAGUCGAUAUCAGAGCAGAGUGGCAGAUCUGGAGUCAGCGCUGAAGCAUCAAGGAUUGGACAUGAAGUGGGUGGAGGAGAAGCAGGCGCUGUAUCAGAGGAACCAGGAGCUGGUGGAGAAGGUGGUGCAAAUGGAAGGUGAGGCCCUGCGACUGAACAACGACAUUCAGGACGUCAGAGACCAAAAUGAGUUGCUGGAGUUCAGGAUCUUGGAGUUGGAGGAGAGGGAGCGCCGUUCACCCGGCAUUAACUUCAAACAACUGCACUUCCCAGAAGGUCUCAGUCCUCUUCAGAUCUACUGUGAGGCCGAAGGGGUCACUGACAUUGUCAUCAGCCAGUUGUUGAAGAAGUUGGACAUCCUGGGAGAUAACGCCGUAAGUAAUUUGUCCAAUGAGGAGCAGGUGACCGUGAUCCAUGCAAGGACGGUGCUCACUCUGGCAGAAAAGUGGCUGGAGUCCAUCGAAGUGACCAAGUCGGCUCUGCAGCAGAAAAUGUUGGACAUCGAGAACGAGAAGGAUCUCUUCAGAAAACAGAAAGGUUACUUGGAUGAAGAGCUGGACUUCAGGAAGCAGUCCAUGGAUCAGGCCCAUAAGAGGAUCUUGGAGCUGGAGGCCAUGUUGUUCGAAGCUCUGCAGCAGGAGGAGGCUUCCAGGACUCCAGGACUAAUGAAGGGAGAGGGUCGACUGUCUGACAUGCUCACAGAAGGAGAGAAAGAGGAGCUGAGGAGAGCCAUGGAUCAGUGGAAACGAUGUGUGAUGUGUGAGCUCAGAGAAAGAGAUGCCCAGAUCCUCCGAGAAAGGAUGGAACUGCUUCAGCUCACACAGCAGAGGAACAAGGAGCUGGAGGAAUGUAUAGAAGCACAGAAACGACAGAUUAAAGAGCUAGAGGAGAAGUUUCUGUUUCUAUUUCUAUUCUUCUCUUUGGCCUUCAUCCUUUGGUCCUGAAUGCAGCAGCCCACCGGAGAGCACCAGGUGGACACUCAGCAGCGCCGGCUCAGUCUGGACCAGAACCGGGUCACUGUAGGACUUUGCAGCUCUGAAGCCAGUGGCAACAAAGCACAACUCGACCCUUCUUGUUGUCAGCUGGCCUCUGCUUUGUAACGGCCACUUUCAGGACUGCCUCAGAGAUUAAAAGUGGUUUCCGUGGAAACAAAGCUGAAUUCAGGUCAGUGAUGCUUCAAAUGAGACAAAAGCAUCUGGGAUCCAGCUCAAUGACACCUGUCCACUGGUUCUAGAGUCACUGAGGCGGAAUGCAACACCAUCCGUCUCAGAACCGAACGCUGAACCCAGAAACGUCUUUACCACACUAGGAGGUCUGCUGAACAGAACCAGGAAGUCCAACUGAAACCCGGUUCGAACACAAACCUGCUGCGGCGUUAGAAGGCAGAGGUCAGGGGACGAAGGUGGGGAACUGGAAGGCGUUGAACUCAAGUUGGAGUCGACUAAAGUCCUUGCUUAGGCCAUGAAAUGCCCGACUACCUGCAGCCAUGACAGAGUUUGCGAUGACCUUGAGAGUUGUGGUCAUCUGAUGCCUGGAAGCUUUUCAGAAAUGCAUGUUAGAACACAUCAUGCAUGGCGGCAGGUCUCGUCUAGACCCGACGCAAAAACUUCCUGCCAGAGGACGCCGAGUUUCUUCACCAGGUGCUGGAGGUGGAUCCAACCUCCUCCAUGUUCAUAAGGAGAUCCGACUCCAAGUGGAAACUUUUAAAACCCAAACAGUGUUUACUUGAUGGAAAAAUGUUCCUGGUUUUAUUCCUGUUACUGAUGAUGGAAGAUAACUUUACUGCUUUCAGCUGAUUUAAUAAACAGAUGAAGUUUUUAUUCUGCUACUGGACAUAAUCUCAUUCAUCUGAAAUACAAACAUUGUUGAAUAUUUUGUACUUUUAAGUCAAUUUUUUAAUUUUUUUAAAUUAAAGUCAUCCUUCAGAUCAGCUUUAAUUUUGAAGUGAGCUCUGCAGUUUGUGGUCAUCAUCAGUCAAAGUGUAGAAAGAGCACAACUCAUCUUCACUUCCAGCAUUCUGGACUUUUAUGAUCCCAGAUUCUAUUUUUCUAACCCUUCUGUGAAACUCUGACAUCAUCACUGAGAUUAAAAUGUUGCACAUGAGACUCCAGGUGUUUGUGUUGUGUUCACUAACAGGGUUCAACGCUCAGAUUUAACGCCAGAGCAGCUAAACCUCAAACCCCGGCAGACGGUCCGGACCGGCAGCUUUGACCCGGGUUGCUGGAUCGCCUCAGAGAGAAAAGUAAUGAAGGACUCAUCUGCUCCAUUCAGAUUCAAGAGAAAACACAAAGCCAGAGAAAGCUUCAGAGCUGGUUCUCUAUAAAGCAGCUCUUAUCAAGUUACAAAUGAAGUUCUGCUGCAGCCGGGUUCUAUCAGAGGAGCUUCAGCUGACUGGGUCAGAACACACAAGAAUAUGUUUACAGGGCACCUUGAUCUCUGGAAAUGUGUUUGUUCUAAAGAGCAAAUUACCAAAUAGUUUCAUAUUUUUCUGUAGGAGAUUCAGGCUAGAGCUGCUGCAGUGCGGCCUCGGUCUGGGUUUCCAUCUGGACCAGAAUCCAGGCCAGAGGAGGGUGGGUCCAGAUGGGCUUCAUGAGAAGCUGUUUCCGCAGAAUCAGGGUCAAGUGUCAGGAUUCAUCCAGCAUAGGGUUACGGUUAGGGUUAGGUUCAAGUCCCAGAAACGCUGCAGAUCAAAAUCAGAGCUGGACUGGAUUCUGCAAUAAAUCGGACCAGUUCAUUUCUACAGGCUCUUUACCAAAAGAACUUUCCAACACAAUCGAUUCGACUGAUCCGAGUUGAUCAACAGCUCAAGUUCAGUUCAUGAUUCAAAUU